CCCGCCUAGCGUCCUUCCCCCAAUCCCCUCAGGCUCGGCUGCGCCCGGGGCCGCGGGCCGGUACCUGAGGUGGCCCAGGCGCCCUCCGCCCGCGGCGCUGUCCGGGCCGCUCCUCCCCGCGCCCCCUGCGCCUCCGCCUCCGCCUCCCCCAGCUCUCCGCCUCCCUUCCCCCUCCCCGCCCGGCAGCGGCCGCUCGGGCCCCGGCUUUCGGUUAUAAGAUGGCGGCGCUGAGCGGUGGCGGUGGUGGCGGCGCGGAGCCGGGCCAGGCUCUGUUCAACGGGGACAUGGAGCCCGAGGCCGGCGCCGCGGCCUCUUCGGCUGCGGACCCUGCCAUUCCGGAGGAGGUGUGGAAUAUCAAACAAAUGAUUAAGUUGACACAGGAACAUAUAGAGGCCCUAUUGGACAAAUUUGGUGGGGAGCAUAAUCCACCAUCAAUAUAUCUGGAGGCCUAUGAAGAAUACACCAGCAAGCUAGAUGCACUCCAACAAAGAGAACAACAGUUAUUGGAAUCUCUGGGGAACGGAACUGAUUUUUCUGUUUCUAGCUCUGCAUCAAUGGACACCGUUACAUCUUCUUCCUCUUCUAGCCUUUCAGUGCUACCUUCAUCUCUUUCAGUUUUUCAAAAUCCCACAGAUGUGGCACGGAGCAACCCCAAGUCACCACAAAAACCUAUCGUUAGAGUCUUCCUACCCAACAAACAGAGGACAGUGGUACCUGCAAGGUGUGGAGUUACAGUCCGAGACAGUCUAAAGAAAGCACUGAUGAUGAGAGGUCUAAUCCCAGAGUGCUGUGCUGUUUACAGAAUUCAGGAUGGAGAGAAGAAACCAAUUGGCUGGGACACUGAUAUUUCCUGGCUUACUGGAGAAGAAUUGCAUGUGGAAGUGUUGGAGAAUGUUCCACUUACAACACACAACUUUGUACGAAAAACAUUUUUCACCUUAGCAUUUUGUGACUUUUGUCGAAAGCUGCUUUUCCAGGGUUUCCGCUGUCAAACAUGUGGUUAUAAAUUUCACCAGCGUUGUAGUACAGAGGUUCCACUGAUGUGUGUUAAUUAUGACCAACUUGAUUUGCUGUUUGUCUCCAAGUUCUUUGAACACCACCCAAUACCACAGGAAGAGGCCUCCUUAGCAGAGACUGCCCUAACAUCUGGAUCAUCCCCUUCCGCACCCACCUCAGACUCUAUUGGGCCCCAAAUUCUCACCAGUCCGUCUCCUUCAAAAUCCAUUCCAAUUCCACAGCCCUUCCGACCAGCAGAUGAAGAUCAUCGAAAUCAAUUUGGGCAACGAGACCGGUCCUCAUCAGCUCCCAAUGUGCAUAUAAACACAAUAGAACCUGUCAAUAUUGAUGACUUGAUUAGAGACCAAGGAUUUCGUGGUGAUGGAGGAUCAACCACAGGUUUGUCUGCCACCCCCCCUGCCUCAUUACCUGGCUCACUCACUAACGUGAAAGCCUUACAGAAAUCUCCAGGACCUCAGCGAGAAAGGAAGUCAUCUUCAUCCUCAGAAGACAGGAAUCGAAUGAAAACACUUGGUAGACGGGACUCGAGUGAUGAUUGGGAAAUUCCUGAUGGGCAGAUUACAGUGGGACAAAGAAUUGGAUCUGGGUCAUUUGGAACAGUCUACAAGGGAAAGUGGCAUGGUGAUGUGGCAGUGAAAAUGUUGAAUGUGACAGCACCUACACCUCAGCAGUUACAAGCCUUCAAAAAUGAAGUAGGAGUACUCAGGAAAACACGGCAUGUGAAUAUCCUACUCUUCAUGGGCUAUUCCACAAAGCCACAACUAGCUAUUGUUACCCAGUGGUGCGAGGGCUCCAGCUUGUAUCACCAUCUCCAUAUCAUUGAGACCAAAUUUGAGAUGAUCAAACUUAUAGAUAUUGCACGACAGACUGCACAGGGCAUGGAUUACUUACACGCCAAGUCAAUCAUCCACAGAGACCUCAAGAGUAAUAAUAUAUUUCUUCAUGAAGACCUCACAGUAAAAAUAGGUGAUUUUGGUCUAGCUACAGUGAAAUCUCGAUGGAGUGGGUCCCAUCAGUUUGAACAGUUGUCUGGAUCCAUUUUGUGGAUGGCACCAGAAGUCAUCAGAAUGCAAGAUAAAAAUCCAUACAGCUUUCAGUCGGAUGUUUAUGCAUUUGGGAUUGUUCUGUAUGAAUUGAUGACUGGACAGUUACCUUAUUCAAACAUCAAUAACAGGGACCAGAUAAUUUUUAUGGUGGGACGAGGAUACCUAUCUCCAGAUCUCAGUAAGGUACGGAGUAACUGUCCAAAAGCCAUGAAGAGAUUAAUGGCAGAGUGCCUCAAAAAGAAAAGAGAUGAAAGACCACUCUUUCCCCAAGAGAAUUUGCAGCCUUCAAGUAGCCACCAUCAUGGCAGCAUCUGCUCUUAUUUCUUAAGUCUUGUGUUCGUACAAUUUGUUAACAUCAAAACACAGUUCUGUUCCUCAAAUCUUUUUUUAAAGAUACAAAAUUUCCAAUGUAUAAGCUGAUGUGGAACAGAAUGGAAUUUCCCAUCCAACAAAAGAGGAAAGAAUGUUUUAGGAACCAGAAUUCUCUGCUGCCAAUGUUUCUUCAACAAAAAUACCACGAGCAUACAAGUCUGCCCAUUCCCGGGAAGAAAGAGGAGAGACCCUGAAUUCUGACCUUUUGAUGGUCAGGCAUGAUGGAAAGAAACUGCUGCUACAGCUUGGGAGAUUUGCUAUGGAAAGUCUGCCAGUCAACUUUGCCCUUCUAACCACCAGAUCAAUUUGUGGCUGAUCAUCUGAUGGGGCAGUUUCAAUCACCAAGCAUCGUUCUCUUUCCUGUUCUGGAAUUUUGUUAUGGAGCUCUUUCCUCUGGUGACCACCAGUUAAUUCCUGAGGGAUGGAACAAAAAUGCAGCUUGCCCUUUCUGUGUGGUGUGUGUUCAGGCCUUGACAAAUUUUAUCAAAAGGAAACUAUUUUAUUUAAAUGGAGGCUGAGCAGUGAGGAGUAGAUGCGUCUUGGUAUGGAGGAAAAGGGCAUGCUGCAUCUUCUUCCUGACCUCCGGGGUCUCUGGCCUUUUGUUUCCUUGCUCACUGAGGUAUCUGCCUAACCAAGCAGGCUAGAUAGUGCUGGCACACAUUGCCUUCUUUCUCAUUGGGUCCAGCAAUGAAGAUAAGUGUUUGGGGAUUUUUGUUUCCUCCACAAUGUAGCAAAUUCUCAGGAAAUACAGUUUAUAUCUUCCUCCUAUGCUCUUCCAGUCACCAACUACUUAUGCGGCUACUUUGUCCAAGGCACAAAAUGCCAUGGCAGUAUCUAACUAAAACCCCACAAAACUGCUUAAUAACAAUUUUGAAUGUGAGAAAUUUAGAUAAUUUAAAUAUAAGGUACAGGUUUUAAUUUCUGAGUUUCUUUUAUAUUUUUAUUAAAAAGAAAAUUUUCAGAUUUAAUUGAAUUGGAAAAAAAAUACUUCCCACCAGAAUUAUAUAUCCUGAAAAUUGUAUUUUUGUUAUAUAAACAACUUUUAAGAAAGAUCAUUAUCCUUUUCUCUACCUAAAUAUAAGGAAUCUUAGCAUAAUGACAAAUAUUUAUAAUCUUUCAAUUAAUGGUACUUGCUGGAUCCACACUAACAUCUUUGCUAAUAAUCUCAUUGUUUCUUCCAACUGAUUCCUAACACUACAUCCCACAUCUUCUUUCUAGUCUUUUAUCUAGAAUAUGCAACAAAAUAAAAAUGGUGGCGUCUCCAUUCAUUCUCCUCCUUCCUUUUUUCCCAAGCCUGGUCUUCAAAAGGUUGGGCAGUUUGGCAGCUGAAUUCCCAGACAGAGAAUAGAGCAAUUUUAGGGAUAUUAGGACUGAGGGAGGGUGUGGGAAACCUGUCAUCGGUGGUUUUUAUAGAAAGAGCUGGCGUUCAUUAAGAACCUAAAUCUUUAUCUUUGCACAAAUGGAAAAUAUAACCUAGUUAUAGCUUCCAUUGGCCUUUAUUAAAGGGUAAUAUCAAUCACAGUCAUAGCAAAGAAAGCAGAUGUAUUAAUGGAAAACCUCCUUUAUCAGGAAUCUAGACUCAGAAUUUAGGAAUGUAAAUCAAAUCAGAUAGACCAACCAAGCUAUAGCCAAGGACUUGAAAGAAAUUAAACGAGACCCAGAAUAAAUCAAGGAAUUAUAAAUUGUUAUUUAAAAUUUUCAGAUUGUAACUCCAGGCCCUGCUCUCUGUAUUUCAGCUUACUAAAAGCUCACUACCAUUAGAUUUUUGCUAACAUACAUGUAUUCAGAAGAAAACCUAUUGAAAUGUUCAUUGUCUUGUAAAAGAUUGUCCUAGUAAAAUGGAAAAGAUCCUUAAGUUAUUCAUCAGUUUGAAAAGCAAAUUGUUCUUAAGUUUUACAUCAACAGGGCAGUGUCUUACAAAAUUCAGAAACUGCAAAGGUGAAGAUAAUUCACGCUGAUUUAAAGAACAUCUGUGCAUAAUACUGCCUCUCUUGAAAAGCAUUAGCUAUUUUUUUCUUUUUAAAUAUAUCUCUAGAUGCUUUUAAAUAUGGCUGUGUUCCCUUUACCAAGAUUGGCUUCAAGUUUCUGCAGGUAGAGAGACCUGGGCUUGAACAAGAGGAUGUGUUUCAUAUCCUGCCGAGGAGGCAGAACGUGUGCAGCCUGGAUCCAGGACUGCUUCCGCGGGGCAGGGGCAGUACCAUUAGGGAGGAAGCUUAGCAUUUCAGUUUCCUAAACAACAUUCAGGGUGAUACACUUUUUCUUCCCUUGCAUUUUAGAAUAGGCUGGUAUCUCAUUUGAACAGGGGAGCAGACUUGAUCUCAAAUGAAGCUGUGCCCAGGAGCCAGGCUCAGUAUAUUGAGGUUUUUAUAGAGACCUUUAAAAAUAAAAUAUUUAAACCUCUCUUUUCUUCCUUUUUCUACGAAAUAGGUUUUGUCUCUAGUUUACAAAUGACAUGAAAAUAGGUUUUAUUUGUGUUUUAUCUGCUUUAUUUUUUGAUGCCUAGACAACAGAUAGACUUACUGAGCUCCUAAAAAUGAGGAAGAAGUCCUUAUUUGUGAAAAGCACUUUAUGAGUAAUUGUAUAGACAGUAUGUGGCUGCGUCACUGAUCAUCUUGUAAGGGUGUAACAGUCUGGUCUGUAAAGUGGCUGCAGUGCCUUCUGUAGUGUGUUUUAUUUUUGGUAGGGAGAGGUAAAGCCUUCUGAAAAAUUUGAGAGCAACUAAAAAGGACUGUUUGUAACUGUGUAGUAUUCCUGAUGGACUUUUUUCAUCGUUAGAGUCUAGGACCUAGACUUUUGCCACUGAAAUAAUAUUGACCAAAAAAAGUAGUUUAUAAAAGG